AUGUCGGACCCCGUCGGCGAAAAGGCAGGCUACGCUAGCGGCACCAGCGACGAUGGCUCUCAGUCUGCGGCGGAGAUCUUCGAGCGUCCUACCGGGCUCAAGGGCGUCUACUACCAUCCGCUCACCCAGGUCUCGAUGCUGGGUUUCGUCUGCUUCAUGGGCCCCGGUCUUUUCAACGCGCUCAAUGGCCUGGGCGCGGGUGGUCAGGUCGACAGCACGACUAGCGCAAAUGCGAACGUCGCCCUCUACGCGACCUUUUCCUUUUUUGCUUUCUUUGCCGGCUCUAUCAACAACACGCUCGGCCCAAAGCUCACGCUCCUCAUCGGAAGCACUGGCUACGCGCUCUACAUUGGCUCCUAUCUCGCCGUGAACAUCCACAGCCACGCUGGGGCCUUCGUUAUCACGGCCGGCGCCAUCCUCGGUAUCUGCGCCGGCCUCCUCUGGACGGCCCAGGGCUCCAUCAUGCUGGCUUAUCCGACCGAGAGCGAGAAGGGAAAGUACAUCGGCGUCUUUUGGGCUAUCUUCAAUCUGGGCGGCGUUGUCGGUGCUUCGGUGUCCCUAGGACAAAACUUCCAUUCUACGGCCAACGCAGUUGGAAACGGAACCUAUAUCGGUUUCCUCGUGCUGACCCUCAUCGGGGUGACCAUCCCGAUGCUCAUGGCCGAUCCUAACAAGAUGAUCCGCACCGACGGCACAAAAGUCACCGCGCCGCGCCAGCCCUCCUGGCAGACCGAGUUGUACGGGCUCUACGUCGCGCUGAAGACCGACCCCAUGGUCGUCCUCCUUUUCCCCAUGUUCUUCGCCUCAAACUGGUUCUACACAUGGCAGUUCAACGACUACAACGGCGCGCUGUUCAACAUCCGCGCGCGCUCGCUCAACAACCUCGUCUACUGGCUCUCGCAGAUCGUCGGGUCGAUCGCGAUCGGGCUCCUCCUCGACCAGCGCCGCCUCGCGCGCCGCUUCCGCGCCUUCUCGGGCUGGCUCGUCCUCCUCCUCAUGGUCUUCGUCAUCCACAUCUGGGCGUACUUCUACCAACGGAACUACACGCGCGAGUCGAUCCCGCCCGAGGCCGCAAAGAUGGACAUCCACGACCACGGUUAUGCGGGCCGUAUUUGGCUGUAUAUCUUCUGUGGUCUGCUGGACGCGAUGUGGCAGACGACCGCGUACUGGAUGAUGGGUGCCAUGUCCAACGACCCCGCGAAGCUCGCCUACUUUACCGGAUUCUACAAGUCGAUUCAAUCGGCGGGUGCGGCGGGCGUCUGGCGCGCAGACGCCGUGAAGCUCCCCUACAUGAACAUCUUCAUCUCCACCUGGGUCCUGCUCGUCGCAGGCCUCAUCUUCGCCCUCCCCAUGAUCGUCAUGCGCGUCAAGGACCACACCGAGCUCGUCGACGAGGCCGUCGCGCGCAUGGACGAUUCGGGGCACGUACAGCCAGCAGACAUUUAG